AAUACAACAUGCUCUCUGAAUGGUGCCUGUGCCAAGUGGCUGUUCUCCUGUGUUCAGAAUGCAGCAGGGCAUGCAAUGAGUGUGUCAGAGGGAAGCUUACAAUCAGGGGCGGACUGACAACUCAUGGGGCCCCCGGGCAAUAGGGGAUCAUGGGGCCCCUAUGUCCUUGCCCAAACUCAAAAAAGCCUAUAAAAAAGGUACCAGGGGCAUCUCAUGGGGCCCCCUACUGACCCCGGGCCCUCGGGAAGUGCCCGAGUUUCCAAGUGGUCAGUCCGCCCCUGCUUACA